AUGCACAUCAUCCCCGAAUGCUGCAUAUGUAGGCUCAGCUUAAAAAACAAUCUGUGUGUAGAAAAAAACUGCGGAAAUGUUUUCCACUACAGUUGUAUGAAGCAAUGGAUAGGUGUCCAAAAGUCGUGCCCCCUGUGCAAAAGCACAUGCUGCAAAAAAAACCUGCUGUUCAUACACUAUGAAAUUAAUGAGGAAAAUAAAAUGCCAAUUAUGGACGAAAAUUACCUGAACAAAAAUAAAAAUGAGCUGUACGAAGAUUUGGUUAAGUUCGAAGCGGAAUUGAUCAAAACGAAAAAUGAAAAUGAAAAGUAUUCCUUUGAAAUUUUAACAUUAACAAAUAAAAAUAAAAUUUUAAGUGAUACUAUCAGCCAAAAUAACAUCAAAAUGGAUCAGGAAAAAAAGGAAAAAUUAAAACUGAAGGAAUUGAAGGAUGAAUAUUUGAAGGACAAAAUUUUACUCUCUACAAAAAUACAGGAAUAUGACAAGGAAUUGAAUAAAUACAAAACGCUGGAAAAAUAUUUAAACGAUUUAAACAAAGAAGACUUAAACAAAAUUAAUUUACUCUUUGGUUUGAACGUGUUAACCAUAGAGGAACAGAAAAAUGUCAUUUUAAAUUAUCUCAAUAAUUGCCUCAGCACACAGAAAAAAAAUGAGGCAAUUGUGAAGCAGCUUAGAGAGGACUUAACACAGAAGGAUGAGCAAAUACAAAAUCUGAAGGAGAAGCUGUACACGUACAAACUCAAACAUGACAUUACGGAGGAAGACACCUUCGACAGGCAGUCAGUGGAUGGACGGGGGGAAAACGACAUGAAGACGAUCAAAAUUAAGAGUAAAGUCAUUCGGAGGGUAAAAACGUUGGACUCCGGCAUGAAGGCGGAUGGGAGACGGCCGGGCCCGGCUCCGUAUAGCAAAUCGAAGACGAGCGGCACCAACGUCGUGGGCAGCAACGAGUUGAGCGGCUGCCAACUGAGCAGCAGCCAGCUGUGCGGCGGCUCCCGAAACAACAGCCAAGACUUCCUCAACUUUAUCGACAAAAAAAUCAACAACACCCCAGAGCACAUUAAUGUCACCCCAAGGAAGAGGAAGUUUCACUCCAUCGAAGUUGACCUCUUUAGGAACAAAUCUGUGGAUAAAUUUUUUAGCGACUUGGCUGAAAAGAACAAUUCCCCCGAUUGUAAGGACCUAGCUGAGGUGUACUCCAUCCCAACCGACUCGGGGAACACCAAGAGUUCGCAGAGCAGCUUCAAGCCGCCCACAGGCGCUUCCUCCUCGCUCAAGCAAGUGCACGCCGUUAAAGCGAACAAAGGGAAGAGUAGGAAGUCCUACACUAAGCAGUCGACCAAGAUAACGGAUUUUUUUAGGCGCCUCUGA